UUCAUAUUAUUACAUAUUUAAUAUACACAUUUAAUAAUGUUUUUGGAUCAGUCAAAGAAAAACCAGUGGAAUAACAUACUGCAAGAGUAUGAAAGACAAGUGGAGGAGCAGAAGCAGGAAAUCUCGCCGGCAGAGGUUAAAAAUAAAUUACUGACCCCCAAUUGGUAUUGGUAUCGUUAUAUAGACGAACAGAUCGUUCCGCUACCGUUGAGCCGUAGUUUGGUACAGGUCGCCGAACCCGAGUUAUCAUCGCCCAUCUCCAAUACGUCAAAACUUUGUAUUUCGGAAAGCAGUGGUCUUAUUGUCGCCAGUACGUCGAGCAGCGAGAGAAUCACAUGUCCUCCGCCACCGUUAAUGUUACCCAAGACAGUUGAUGCCGAUUUCGCAGACAUUUUGGACAUUUCACGACAAAGACGCCAUCGAAGGAUAUGCACGUCCUUUAGCAUCAAUGAUAUUCCACUUCAAAUUGAUUGCCCUAAGGUGGAUCCCAUCUUACGAGCCGGCGGCACUUUUCGUGACUAUGAGAUUAUCUGGAAACCGAUGAGUUCCAAGUUGGACGAAUCGUGUGCCGAGAACAUUUUAAGCAGAUGCACAAGACGGAUGAAUAAUAAUGAAAUCAUGUGGAAGGCGACAAAGAUGUGCUGGUUCGACGAUCUAGAGAUUCAGAUUGAGUCGAGGUUCUUUUUCGUAAGCCAUAUUUUGUUCACAUAUUUUGCGAGAAAUUUUCGCAAAAUAUCGAGUCAGUUUUUGCAAAUGCCAGUGCAAAAAAUCGAUAUGGCCGUUUUAAUACGCAUCUACGAAUGGAUGCUGAACGAGGAGAAAACCUUUGUCGUUGGCCAAAAUCUAAUAUCAUUCUAUGCCGCAGCCCAUUGGCUGGGCGUUCACCAAUUGAUAAAACAGGCCUGGUCCACCUUUUCGGCAGAUGGAGUUUAUGACAUUUGGGAAAUAAAUGCCUUUCAAGCCUACAUCAUGGCCAAGGAUUAUCGCUGCCCGGAGAUUAUGAUUGUAAUGCAAUCGCGUUUGCGAAAAUGCUUUCUACCAAUUGUGGCAUCUUGGGAGUUUCUCGAAUUCGAUGUGAAUGAAGUGACCACUUUGCUGGAACAAGACAUGCUGUGUGUUAAUAGUGAGGAUGAGAUUUUCUUCGCCGUCUUUCACUGGUUGAAUUACUCCUGGACGGAACGCAAGAAGCACGCGGUCAAGGUGAUGCAAAAAGUACGUUUUGGACUCCUGUCACCCUGGUUGCGUCGAUCCAUUUGUAAUAUGCCCGAAAACGAUCGCAUCGGCGAAAUUGGCCAAUUACCGGAGAUUUGCUCCUUGAUUUGGGAGGGUACACUUUUGUGUCAGGCGAUCAUUGCCAUUGGACAGCCGGAAUAUCGAAGGUCGAGACUGGUUCGUCGCAUGUUAAGGGACUUCGAGCACAAAAGGAUCACGGAACGGUCUUGGGUGUUCUGCGAGGGAGUUCCGCAUCAUCAUGAUAAGAAAUGUGCACGAUAUCGAGAGUUGACAUUUGAAAGCUUUAAGAGAUUCCUCCACCGUCUGCACACCAAUUCGGAUAUCUUUAUGGAGAGCCUGAAGGCUGUGCCCAAUAAGAUCACUAACACUUACCGCUGCUGCAUAGACGCCAACUUUUGUCCAUCAUACAAACGAACCUGUCCCAUGGCGCCAUUCUAUAGGACGCAUUUGGAUCUUGACAAUUGGAAAUAUCGCAAUUAAAUAAUAAAAUUCAAUUUUAUAGUGCUUACAGUUUGCAAAAAUUUG